AUGAAUCAGAGAAGAGGUAUUGAUACAGAAAAAAAUUGUAUACCUACAUCACCAAAUAGAAAGUCUCCAAGAAUACUAAAAAAUCAAACUUUAAAUGAUUUGUCAAAUACAGAAGUUGAAAGUCAUUUUCAAUUACUUCUAGAAAACAAUAAAAAGUUGGAAAAUAGAUCAUGGGUUGAUAUAUGUGAAAGUGAAAAAAAUGAAAGAGAACCUGGUAGUGUUAAAACUACAGAUUUUAAAGAUGACACAUCUUCUUGUACAAGAUCCAGAAAACAAAUUGCACCUAAAAAAUCUUCAACUACUCCUAGGUACAUGAGGUCUAGAGUUAAAGAUGUAAGAAAUGAAGAAGGAUUGAAUAGAAAGAGGAGAAUGGACCGAUCCCGUUCAUCUUUUAAAGAGGAAGAAUCUACUGAUAUUGAGAUGAGAGAUAUAAAAGGAUCUCCUAGAAAAAAGGCUUGUACCACACGAUCUUAUUCCGCUUCAAAUAAUAAUGAUGUAAGGUCAAAAGAAGGUUGGGCUGAACCAAAACUAGGAUGGUGUAAAGAUCCAGAAGUUCUAGCCCGUCGAUCUAGAGACAUUGAAAGGGCCAAAGAAAAGUCUGUAUAUGUUGAAUAUUUGGAGGCAAUACCAAAGUAUGAACGUGUAAAAGGAAUUCACCCCAAAACUCCUAAUAAAUUUAUAAAUUAUUCACGUCGUUCCUGGGAUGCCCAAAUGAAGUUGUGGAAAAGAAGUUUGUAUGAUUUCUUUGGAAGGAGUCCCGGCACUUCAUGUCGUUCAACUCCACGUGCAUCUCGUGAUGUAUCACCUGUCACAUCUCCAUGCCAAAAAAAUAAAGGAAAUAUGGAAGAGGAAACGCAAAAUAUUGGAAAUACUGAGUUUUCCAUUAAUAACAUUGAUCCAGAUAGAAUGGCUUCAUUAUUGUCUAAAUUUGAAGUAGAUUCUAGAAAGAAAUUCCAGGACGGUGAUGAUGAGUCAACUUUAAAGGCUCAAACAGCUACUCCUGGUGGACCUACAAGUUUUGCCAAUGUUAUUUGA